AUGCCGGUUCCAUGUAAAUCCCAAUCUUGGUUUUCAACAAGAAGACUCUUUGAACAACGACUCCAAAACCUCCAUAAACUCACCAACUUAUCCCAUAUCAAACAACUUCAUGCCCAAUUAAUCAAACAAAAUCUUCACGAACACCAUUCCAUUGCUCCCAAGUUAAUCUCAGCUUUCUCACGUUGCCGCCGAAUAACCUUAGCUCUGAACGUUUUUAACCAAAUCCAACACCCCAAUGUUCAUUUGUACAACACUUUGAUCAGAGCCUACGUCCAAAACUCACAGCCAAUCCAAGCUUUUGCAUUUUUCUUUGAAAUGCGGUGGAAUGGGAUUCUGGCUAAUACCCUCACCUACCCUUUCCUUUUAAAGGCUUGUAAUUGUUUAAAAAUGGUGGAAAUGAUUCAUACCCAGAUUGAAAAGAAUGGUUUUUUUAGUGAUGUUUUUGCACCGAACGCUCUCAUCGAUAAUUAUUCCAAGUUUGGAGGUUUGGGUCUUAAAGCAGCUUUGAGGCUGUUUAUGGUGAUGGGAGAUAGAGAUGUUGUUUCUUGGAAUUCUAUGAUGGGAGGGUUAGUGAGAGUUGGGGAGUUUAGGAAAGCUAGGAAGUUGUUCGAUGAAAUGCCUGAGAGAAAUAUUGUGAGUUGGAAUACCAUCUUGAAUGGUUAUGUUAAAGAAGGAAAAAUGGAGGAAGCCUUUGAGUUGUUUGAAAAUAUGCCUCAAAGGGAUAUUGUGUCGUGGUCAACGAUGGUAAUGGGUUAUAGUAAGGCGGGCGAUAUGGACAUGGCUAGACGUUUGUUUGAUAUGAUACCGGUUAAGACAUCGGUUCCUUGGACUAUAAUUAUCUCCGAAUAUGCUGAGAAGGGAUUUGCAAAGGAGGCCAUUGCUUUGUAUGAUCAAAUGGUGCGAGACGCCUUUGAGUUGGAUGAUGGAGCCAUUAUUAGUAUAUUGGCUGCUUGUGCCGAGUCUGGUUCGUUAGCAGUGGGUGUAAAAGUGCACGAUUCCGUCGAGAGGCGUAAGUUUCGACAGAGCGUGGCGGUGUGUAAUGCAUUUGUUAAUAUGUAUGCAAAGUGUGGUAGUCUCGACAGGGCAUGUAGUGUUUUCAAUGGAAUGUCGAAACGAAACGUUGUUUCAUGGAAUGUCAUGCUACAGGCGUUUGCCAUGCACGGCCGUGGCAGAGAAGCCCUUCAUGUUUUCGAAAGAAUGAAGAAAGAAGGAUUCAAUCCAGAUAGAGUUACUUUCGUUGGCGUCUUGUGUGCCUGUUCCCAUGCAGGCUUAAUCGACGAGGGCAUACGAUGCUUCUACAAUAUGGAAAAGGAUUACGGAGUUGUACCCGAAAUCGAGCAUUAUGGUUGCCUGAUCGACCUUUUAGGCCGUGGAGGGCGUUUGAAGGAAGCUUUUAUGCUUGUGCAUACCAUGCCUUUCGAACCCAAUGCCAUUAUUUGGGGUACCCUUUUGGGGGCAUGUCGAUUGCAUGGUGCUAUGGAACUUGAGGAGAAAGUGCGCGAUCACCAUAAAUUGGACUGCUCGGAUCCCGGAAAUUUCUCCAUGUUAGCAAAUAUUUUCGCCGCAGCAGGGAAUUGGGAUGGCGUUUCGAUGGUGAGGCUUCGGAUGAAGAGCGUCGGGGUCCGAAAACCAUCGGGAGCAAGCUCUAUUGAAAUAGACAAUGAGGUCCAUGAGUUCACAGUAUUUGAUAGAUCCCAUCCUAAUUUUGAUAGCAUAUAUCAGAUGGUUCACAGGUUGGCUCAGGACCUUAAGCUAGUUAUACAUCCCAAAGAUGCAACCUUGCUGGUAGAAGCAAUGUUUUAAAAACCGAAUCGGAGUUUGGUUCGGUUCGGCUCUCAAUUAUCGGUUCAAUUGAUUGUUUUAAAAGC